AUGUACUCGAUCAAGACAAUGGACAUGAGUUUGACAAUACUAGCCAAUCGGACCGUUCACACAGUCCGCAUGAGAUGGACAAGAACGGUGGUGAGUAGUAUGCAGACAAGCAGCCCCCUAAGGUGGCUGCCACCUUUCCUCCCCUACUGUCUGUCCACGAACUGCAGCCGCCGAGUGAUCAGCAGCCCGCCCUCCUCUUGGGCAAGGACGCAGAGGACCCCUGACCAAGAGAGUAUGAUCCUGAAUCCUGAGACUGUACCUGUGGUGUCGCUGGAUUAUGCAGAGCCGACCCCCUCAGCUAGCUCUCUGCUAAAAGCAGAUGAAUGCACGGACCCCAUCAUUAUCCUGACGGACGAAGAGGCCGAGACCGUUACUAAUACUAAUGAGGAAGACGAUCUGGAGCUCGCAACCGCGCCAGGUACCGAGGCGAGGAGCCAUGCCUUCGUGAACAGUCUGUGUUGUGAUGAAUUUGAUCCGGAGAUUUGGGCGCUAGCAUGUUAUAUAUUCAAGAUCCCACCGGAACUGGGUAAAAACGUUAGAGAUAAGAUCCCUAUCCAGGGUUUCCGGCCCGAGCGACAUCCUUAUCCGUACCAGGUGUACGCCUCCAUGUGGCUGCUAGCGUGUGAGGCGACUAGCAACCAGCGCGGCAGAUUUUUGGCGGAUGAUAUUGGGUUUGGCAAGGGCGUUAAUUAUAUCUUCAUGGAAGUCUUUCUCCUGAUGAACUGGUGCACCGAGUGGCAGAAGAUUGUUGAUCCCACCGAUCCCCAUAUCCGCCAAAUGGUUAUUGUCCGGGGAUAUGGGAAAUCCUUCUCGGGUAUCCCGACCUGGGAGGAGUGGCAGCAUCGUUAUGAUAAGACGCAGUUCUACCACAAGCAAGCCGGAUGA